AUGACGGACUUCCACUGCAACAGCGUCCAGUUCUUCGUCGAUGAAGACCCAAGCGAUGUGACGACAUCAGUUCAACCGCUGUGUCAAAGAAGUGGGAACAAAACAGAUCCUCUGUUUCAUUUCGAAUACGGAUUCUCAUUCAUUCUGCUCAAGAGCUCAUUUCUACUCACUGAACUCGCGGCGCUCUUCUCAAUCGUCGUCUACAUGGCCAAACGAGACGAACGCACAUUCAAUCGAUACAAAAUUCGGAGUCUUCUGAAUUUCAGCGUAGUAAGAAGGAAUGGGAUCGGUGAGCGAAGAAAAAACAGAUUCGGAGUUGAUUCAAGAAAGCUGCAACAAUCCACCAACGCGAUUCAAUCGAGGACGCCGCGCGGGGUCAGCUGCCCCGAUAACUUUUAG